AUGGAAGGCUUCCCAGUCAGUCCUGGAUACCGUGCCAUUUUGGCAUUGCGGGAAGUUGAAUUUGCUGAUCGCAUGAAAAAGGGAGAAAUUCUUCCACUCAUCUUUCCUCACAAUUUCAUCUCUAUUUUCAUCGUCGUUGCAGUGUUACUUGUUCCAUGGCCCCGCCAUAAUGCUUUUCGAUUUGCUAGGCACUUUGCUUUUUGCGUGGUUUUAUACUUGAAUACGUUGACAAUUGUCAAUUGUCGUACCCUGGGUAUGGCAAAUAGCUACGGUGUCGGUAUGGGCUUUAUAUGGCAUACGAUUUGGAGUGCAACUCUACUUGUGUUUAGGGACGUUCAAGGAGAGUUCAAGAGGAUAGAGCGGACUCGUGAAGUUCGCGGGAGAAGGUCCAAUGGUGUCAAUGCUGAGGCAAACGGGCACAAGGACCUACAGUUCUGGGAAAGUGAGAUAUCCUCGCCUGGGAACGGCGGUCUGUCGAAAACCUCGGGCGAAAAAUCAACGAACAGUCUUCAAUGCCGAGCAAAAUAUAGAUGGCAAUCUUAUCCUGAGAAGUUCUCGCAUCGCUUCACCUGGGUCCUCGACGUCUCGAUGUUUUCUUUUAGAGGAACUGGUUGGAAUUGGGGUAACCCGACACUUCCACCCUCCGUGGCGGAUCCUCCAACAAAAUAUGUGCUCAUGUCGGUUUUAAAGAAAACAUUUAUUCACUAUCUGCGCCUAGAUCUUGUCAAAAUCCUCAUGGUGAGGGACUCCUAUUUCUGGGGGCUUGUUGACUCGCCCCAUCCGCCUUUCCUUGCGCCGCUCGGCCACUUCGCUGCCUUUUUCGCCCAUAUAUAUCGUCACUUCCUUAUAUAUCUCGGUAUUGUCUCGUCGCUUACGACUCUCCACGGUUACCUGUGCAUAGCUUACUUACUCUUAUCUCUCUUCUACGGCUCCUCUACCCGGAUUACCGUCCCAAUCGAGGCACCGUGGUUGUACCGUGGGCUCUUUGGUCCAUUCUCUAGUGUAUUCGACUAUGGUUUGGCUGGUGGAUGGGGCAAAUGGUGGCAUCAAAUCUUCCGGUAUGGCUUUGUGUCGCCAAGUGAUUGGAUGUUCCAAUAUCUUCCGCGUUCUCUCCAAAAGAAACCUAUCUUUUUGUUCCUACGGGCAAUGAUUGCCUUUAUGCUCAGUGGGCUCAUCCACGCCUGUGGAAGCUACACCCAAUUUGCACCUACACACCCCCUGUCGGGUCCGUUUCUGUUCUUCAUUCUCCAAUUUCUGGGAAUUGUAGCCCAGGACCUCACAUCACAUCUCUUGUCGCAUCUACCCUUCCCGCUGCCCAAAUGGUUGAAACAAUGGGGUAAUGUUGCGUUCACAAUCACCUGGAUUUUGUUAACAGGGCCACUUGUUGCCAAUGAUUUUUCAAGAGGUGGGAUUUGGCUAUUUGAACCUGUUCCAAUUAGUCCACUGCGGGGUUUUGGAUUUGGAACCCCCGACGAAGGCUGGUGGUGUUGGCACGGAAAGUGGUUUAGGAUGUGGAAAGGAGAGAAGUGGUGGCAGCGCGGAAUUCAGAUAUUAUAG